UCUGGGCAGCGGCGGCCGGGGGUGCGCUACUACCAUGAACUGCCUGGUCCUCCUCCCCAGCGCCGCCCAACCUCGAGACGCCGUGCGGGGACCCCGCCGCCGCCGCCGCACCUCGUUGGAGCUCGCCUGGAGCCUCUGCCCCUUUGCCUCCACUCCCUCUUCUUCCUCCUCCUUCACCCCCAUCCUCUUGGCUGCCUGCAUCCCCCCUCCCCCGCCGCGGAUCCUGGCCGCCGCUCCCCAAACCCAGGAUGCCGGGGGGCAAGAGAGGGCUGGUGGCACCCCAGAACACGUUUUUGGAGAACAUCGUCCGGCGCUCCAGUGAGUCAAGUUUCUUAUUGGGAAAUGCCCAGAUUGUGGACUGGCCUGUAGUUUAUAGUAAUGACGGAUUUUGCAAACUCUCUGGGUAUCAUCGAGCUGACGUCAUGCAGAAAAGCAGCACUUGCAGUUUUAUGUAUGGGGAACUGACUGAUAAGAAGACCAUUGAUAAAGUCAGGCAGACUUUUGACAAUUAUGAGUCAAACUGUUUUGAAGUUCUUCUGUACAAAAAAAACAGAACCCCUGUUUGGUUUUAUAUGCAAAUUGCACCAAUAAGAAAUGAGCAUGAAAAAGUGGUCUUGUUCCUAUGUACUUUCAAGGAUAUUACAUUGUUCAAACAGCCAAUAGAGGAUGAUUCAACAAAAGGUUGGACAAAAUUUGCAAGAUUAACACGGGCUUUGACAAAUAGCCGAAGUGUUUUACAGCAGCUCACGCCAAUGAAUAAAACAGAGGUGGUUCACAAACAUUCAAGACUAGCUGAAGUUCUUCAGCUGGGAUCAGAUAUCCUGCCUCAAUAUAAGCAAGAAGCACCCAAGACACCACCACAUAUUAUUUUACACUAUUGCGCUUUUAAAACUACCUGGGAUUGGGUGAUUUUAAUUCUUACCUUCUACACCGCCAUUAUGGUUCCUUACAACGUUUCCUUCAAAACGAAACAGAACAACAUAGCCUGGCUGGUGCUGGAUAGUGUGGUAGAUGUUAUUUUUCUGGUUGAUAUUGUUUUGAAUUUUCAUACAACCUUUGUGGGACCUGGUGGAGAGGUCAUUUCUGACCCCAAGCUGAUAAGGAUGAACUAUCUGAAAACUUGGUUUGUGAUUGAUCUCUUAUCCUGUUUACCUUAUGACAUCAUCAAUGCCUUUGAAAAUGUGGACGAGGGAAUCAGCAGCCUCUUCAGUUCUUUAAAAGUGGUACGACUCUUACGACUGGGCCGUGUUGCUAGAAAAUUGGACCAUUACCUAGAAUAUGGAGCAGCAGUUCUUGUUCUCCUCGUCUGUGUUUUUGGACUAGUGGCCCACUGGCUGGCUUGCAUCUGGUACAGCAUUGGGGACUAUGAGGUCAUCGAUGAAGACACGAACACUAUCCAAAUAGACAGUUGGCUCUACCAGCUGGCCGUGAGCAUUGGAACUCCUUAUCGCUACAAUUCCAGUGCAGGGACAUGGGAAGGAGGCCCCAGCAAAGAUUCAUUGUACGUGUCCUCUCUCUACUUUACCAUGACAAGCCUUACAACAAUAGGAUUUGGGAACAUAGCUCCUACUACAGACGUGGAGAAGAUGUUUUCGGUAGCCAUGAUGAUGGUUGGCUCUCUUCUUUAUGCAACUAUUUUUGGAAAUGUUACCACAAUUUUCCAGCAGAUGUAUGCCAACACCAACCGGUACCAUGAGAUGCUGAAUAAUGUACGGGAUUUUCUGAAACUCUAUCAAGUCCCCAAAGGUCUUAGUGAACGAGUGAUGGAUUAUAUUGUCUCAACAUGGUCCAUGUCUAAAGGCAUUGACACAGAGAAGGUCCUUUCCAUUUGUCCAAAGGAUAUGAGAGCUGAUAUAUGUGUUCACCUAAACCGGAAAGUUUUUAAUGAACACCCUGCAUUUCGACUAGCCAGCGACGGGUGUCUUCGAGCCUUGGCGGUAGAGUUCCAAACCAUUCACUGUGCCCCAGGGGACCUCAUUUACCAUGCUGGAGAAAGUGUGGACGCCCUCUGCUUCGUGGUGUCAGGAUCUUUGGAAGUCAUCCAGGAUGACGAGGUUGUGGCUAUUUUAGGGAAAGGCGAUGUAUUUGGAGACAUCUUCUGGAAGGAAACUACGCUGGCUCAUGCAUGCGCCAACGUCAGGGCACUGACAUAUUGUGACCUGCACAUCAUCAAACGAGAAGCCUUGCUCAAAGUUCUGGAUUUUUAUACAGCUUUUGCAAACUCAUUCUCAAGGAAUCUCACUCUUACUUGCAAUCUAAGGAAACGGAUCAUAUUUCGUAAAAUCAGUGAUGUGAAGAAAGAAGAGGAAGAGCGCCUCAGACAGAAGAAUGAAGUUACCCUCAGCAUCCCUGUGGACCAUCCAGUCAGAAAACUCUUUCAGAAGUUUAAGCAGCAGAAAGAGCUUCGGAAUCAGGGCUCCACACAGAGUGACCCAGAGCGAAACCAGCUCCAAAUCGAAAGCCGUUCUCUACAAAAUGGCGCCUCCAUCACUGGCACCAGUGUGGUCACUGUGUCCCAGAUCACACCAAUUCAGACAUCUCUGGCUUAUGUGAAAACCAGUGAAGCCCUUAAACAGAACAACCGCGAUGCCCUGGAACUCAAGCCCAAUGGAGGUGCCGACCCCAAAUGUCUCAAGGUCAACAGCCCCAUCAGGAUGAAGAAUGGAAAUGGGAAAGGUUGGCUACGCCUCAAGAACAAUAUGGGAGCCCAUGAAGAGAAGAAGGAAGACUGGAAUAAUGUCACGAAAGCUGAGUCCAUGGGGCUUUUAUCAGAUGAACCUUCCAAGGGCAGUGAUUCAGAGAACAGCGUGACCAAAAACCCUCUAAGGAAAACAGAUUCUUGUGACAGUGGGAUUACAAAAAGUGACCUUCGUUUGGACAAAGCCGGGGAGACACGAAGUCCACUAGAGCACAGUCCCAUUCAGGCUGAUGCCAAGCACCCCUUUUAUCCCAUCCCCGAGCAGGCCUUACAGACCACACUGCAGGAGAUCAAACAUGAACUUAAAGAGGACAUUCAGCUGCUCAGCUGCAGAAUGACAGCCUUGGAAAAGCAAGUGGCAGAAAUUUUAAAACUGCUCUCAGAAAAAAGUGUGCCCCAGACCUCUUCUCCCAAAGCCCAAAGCCCACUCCAAGUACCUCCCCAAAUACCAUGUCAGGAUAUUUUUAGUGUUUCCAGGCCUGAAUCACCUGAGUCUGACAAAGAUGAAAUCCACUUUUAAUAUAUAUAUACAUAUGCAUAUAUAUUUGUUAAUAUAUUAAAAAAACAGUCUAUACAGCUAUAUACAUACGUGUGUAUAUAGUGUAUAUAUAUAUAUUUUCACUUGCUUUCAAUAUGAUGAUUCACUAUAGGGAUUUUGAUAUGUAAAUAUUGCAUGUCCAGCUGGAUUCUGGCCUGCCAAAGAAGAUUAUUAUUUAAAAUAUAGAUAUUGCUUGUAUAUUAUGCAGUUUACUGCAUGCACAAUUUACAUUUAUUUAUAAGACUAUUCUAUAAUUUAAAAAGGUAUAUUUUUUGUUACCCAAGGCAAUGUAAUAUUUGAAGAAUCAGGGUCCAACCUGCCAAUGUUGCCAUGAUAUAUACAUUUGAUCUCAGGCUGAGUAUAUCAAGUUAUCAUUUCUCACUGUUCUGUUAAGUUAAAGCGGUAGAUUACAUUCAAGGAAGAGUUCAGCUCUUUAACUGUUAGUACCAUUUUAUGAUCUCUUUCUAUAGGACAUGUUUCUAUAACUUAGGUUCUUUUCCAAACAGGCUGUGUUUGCUCCAUUUAAAUGAGUAUUUUGUUGCCUCAGUCAGAUAGCAGUCUGGGAUUUUGAGAAUUUAUUGCUAUGGGUUUUGUGCAUGAAUUGCAUUUUUUGCUCAACUAUACCUCUCCUUUUUUAACAUUAUAUUUAGAUAGUAAUCAUUAACUCUUCUGUAAGGAAAUCCCUCCUUUCUCCGUCUUGGAGAACAGCUGCCAUCUUGUAAGCUGAUUUCACUCACCCAUAAAUAUUAAACAACUAAUAUAGUGUAUAUUAUUAUAGAUUUACUGCACCACAGGGUAAAGGGCCUUUUCAACAACUCAUGUCAGUGAUGCUGAUUUUCCAAAGGUUUUAAGUGUUUAAAUACACAUUUCUAAAACUUGCUGAAGGG